UUUGAUUUUAUGUUAUGUAUGGUAAUAACCAUUUACAACUGAAGAACAUCUGGAACUCAAAACAACUGUCAACCAACACCAAGGUCAGGAUUUUCAAUACAAAUGUUAAGACAGAUCUACUGUAUGGAGCAGAAACCUGGAGAACUACGAAAGCCAUCAUCCAGAAAAUACAAGUGUUUAUUAGCAGUUGUCUACGCAAAAUACUUCAGAUCCGUCGGCCAGACACUAUUAGCAACAACCAACUGUGGGAGAGAACAAACCAGAUCCCAGCGGAGGAAGAAAUCAGGAAGAAGUGCUGGAAGUGGAUAGGACACACAUUGAGGAAAGCACCCAACUGCGUCACAAGACAAGCCCUCACAUGGAAUCCUCAAGGCCAAAGGAAAAGAGGAAGACCAAAAAACACAUUACUCCAGGAAAUGGAGAUAGACAUGAGAAAAAUGAACAAGAAUUGGAUGGAAUUAGAAAAGAAGGCCCAGGACAGAGUGGGUUGGAGAAUGCUGGUAGGCGGCCUAUGCACCAUUGGGAGUAAAAGGCGUAACAGACUUCGAAUAGACACUACCUUGUGCGAUGGAUAUGAAGUUUAUUUGGAAACUUCAUUAAUAUCGUCUGUUUCAGUAAUGAAGUGAUUAUGAAUGUUACGAAUGUUCAAAUAGACUAUUAUUGUUUCAUGAUUUGGUAGGAUUCGUAUUCGAAUCAUAGCCAUUAUUCCACUUUAAUAGAGAACAUGUGAUUAAAUGGCAAUAUUGAGACGAUUCAAUCACCAUGUACACAUACUAAAAGAGAUUGAUAAAUUACAAUCGUCAACAUCAACAGCUCAAAAAAAAUGCAAACAAUUACAAAGAGAAUUUAUAUCCCUGAACAGUUGAAUGCCUAAUUGGUAACUUAAUGAUGAAGCGAAAACUCCUAGGUUCUGAUACAAUUUUGAACAUUAACAGUGAAAUACUAACAAAUGCAACUGACAACUUUCUAAUAAGACAUAAUUAGCAACCUACACUUCAUCAACUCAAACUAUUUAAACUGAAUGAAAACUCGAGACAAAUUUCUUUUUCAUUAUUUCUAACACAAAAGUGACUGUUCAAAACCAAUUCUUAUUGUUUCACAGUGUAUUAAAGCAGAAUAUCUUUUCUUUGUGGGGGGGGGGAAUAAAUCAAUAAAUCAAUAAUAAUUUACCAUGGUGAUAUGUGUAUUUUUUUCUUAUAAUUUCGAUCGUAAAUUAUUCAUAAAUUUGAUCAAGCAAAAUAAUAAAUAUUAAUGUGAAUAGAUUAUCAGUGAUAAUUAUUAUUCGCUAGAUUAUCGUUUUCAAUAAACAACAUCAAAUGAGCUAUUACAAUUUUAAAUGAACAACUUAUGAAUGAGACAGAAUGUUUGACAUUUAUGUUUUCUUUCAACAACAAAAAGAAAAUUAAAGUCAUACAGAUAAUAUCAAUACUGAAAACACUAAAUUGAUAAUAAAAACAAGAAUAUCGAAUUAGAUAAAUAUUAUAGUUAUGAAGUCGUAUUAUUAUGAUUAUUUAAUGAAUAAUCCUCUUAAAUCUUUAUUCGAUCAUUAGCAUAGAGAAUAUUAGGUCUAUCGAUCUAUGUUCAUAUUUAUAGAAUAUUUUCUAAGAUAAGAUUAAUUUUUCAUUGAAAGUGUUCAUCCAUGAAGUUGAUACCAUUUAUUCAGGUAAUGUGUUCCAAUCAUUAAUUAUUCGAUGAGUAAACGAAGAUUAACUCAUAUUCUUUUGUUUCAUUGAACUAUAUCAUAUUCACUACAUAGAACUCAAUACACAUCUAUAAAAUGUCUUCCUUUCUAAAUGUAUUAUCUUUUUCUUGUAUAACUUAAAGUAAUGAUGUAUAGUAAAUAGUACCAGUAUGAUAAGGAUAGAAUUUCAAUGAAGGUUAUGAAAGAAUAUAUAUAUAUAUGAACAACGUAAUUAAAUUUCAUUAGUUUUA